AUGUCCGACAACUUCGCCUCCGUGGUAAACGAAAGAUUCGCAAAAAUAAUUGCUAUUCAAUUCAUAACGAGCACACUAGUGGUAUGUUCCAAUUUGUAUCAACUGGCCCAAUCAACACUGAGCGCAGAAUAUCUUCCACUAGUAUUAUAUACAAUCUGUAUGCUGAUAGAAAUUUUCAUCUAUUGUUGGUUUGGAAAUGAAGUCAAAUUAAAGAGUCUCCAAUUGACCGAUUGUAUUUUUGAAAUGAAUUGGUCAAAAUUGAAUAAUAGCUUCAAAAAAACUCUUUUAAUGAUUAUGAAUCGAGCAACAAUACCUAUCGAGUUUACUAGCGCCUAUCUGUUUUCCAUGAAUCUUGAAUCUUUUGUAGGGAUACUUAGAACAUCGUAUUCUGUUUACACGUUGUUACAACAGCUAUAA